AUGGCCUCAAGGGCUAUCCUCAGGAGGAGGAAGGACAUUCUACGGCACACUAAUGUGCCUAUUUUGUCCCCUUCAUUCACUAGCACAAUUGGGCAAGGACAAUUUGGUUGUGAGGUUGAUCAUCAAAGAUCUGUAUGUUUCUUUUCGAAGGAAAGUUUAGCAGAUUCUAAUCAUGCUAUGGCACAUUAUACUUUAAAUAAGCGAAAGCUUUGUCGGCUCAGUGGUGGUUUCACAUGGAGUCCAACUUGUGAGGUUUCUCUUCCCACUUAUGGUUCUAGAGCACAGAACUUUGUAUUCCCAUUGGGAGCCAGGUGUUUCCUGCAGUCGGUCCGCACCGCAUCAAACACAACUGGACAGGGUCGAGUUAAUAUUAUGGACAAGCAGAGUGAGGAUGAGAAGCAGAAGCAACAAAAAAAGGAGGCAUCCCCCGAAGAAUGUGAUCAGGCAGUGGAAGGAUUAAGCACUGCAAAAGCAAAAGCAAAAGCUAAGCUGGAGGAAGUGCAAAAGGCUGACCAAUCAGUGCAUUAUUGGUUGGGCACUAAGCUACUCUGGGCAGAUGUUAGAAUCUCAUCAAGGCUGUUAGUGAAACUUGCUAGUGGAAAGAGCCUCACAAGACGAGAGAGGCAGCAGCUCACGCGCACAACAGCAGAUCUAUUCAGGCUAGUACCUUUUGCAGUUUUUAUUAUCGUUCCAUUCAUGGAACUCUUGUUGCCAGUGUUCCUCAAGUUGUUCCCAAACAUGUUGCCAUCCACUUUCCAGGACAAGAUGAAAGAAGAGGAGGCCCUAAAAAGGAAACUGAAAGCAAGGAUGGAAUAUGCAAAGUUUUUACAAGACACUGCUAAAGAAAUGGCAAAGGAAGUUCAAACAUCACGUAGUGGAGAAAUGAAACAGACUGCUGAAGAUCUGGAUGAGUUCUUGAAUAAGGUUAGGAAAGGUGGACAUGCCUCCAAUGACGAAAUAUUGAGCUUUGCAAAGCUAUUUAAUGACGAGCUGACUUUGGAUAACAUGAGCAGACCUCGACUUGUUAAUAUGUGUAAAUACAUGGGGAUCCAACCUUUUGGCACAGACCACUACUUGCGAUUCAUGCUUCGAAAGAAACUACAAGACAUUAAGAAUGAUGAUAAGAUGAUUCAAGCUGAGGGUGUGGAGUCUCUUUCUGAAUAUGAGCUUCGACAAGCAUGUCGUGAGCGUGGGCACCUUGAUUUGUUGUCAACAGAGGAGAUGCGCCAACAGCUCAGAGACUGGCUGGAUCUAUCACUCAAUCAUUCUGUGCCAUCGUCUCUUCUAAUACUCUCAAGAGCUUUUACUGUGUCUGGUAAAAUGAAACCUGAGGAGGCCGUUGUAGCAACCUUAUCUUCCCUGCCAGAUGAAGUUGUCGAUACAGUUGGAACUGUACUGCCUUCUGAAGAUUCUGUUUCAGAGAGGAAGAGAAAAUUGGAAUUUCUGGAGAUGCAGGAAGAACUUAUCAAGGAAGAGGAGAAAAGGCAAGAGAAAGAAGACAAGGCAAAACUGGAGGAGCCUAAGGCCACUGAAGAAGAUUUGGCUUUGAAGGAAAUGACUGAGCCUACUGUUAGGGACGAAGAAGAACUAAAGAAAGCGAAAACGCAUGAUAAGAAAGAGCAGCUUUGUAAUAUCAGUCAAGCAUUGGCUGUGCUUGCAUCUGCUUCUUCUGUUACCAAGGAGCGACAAGAGUUUUUAAGCCUUGUCAACAAGGAGAUAGAACUAUAUAACAAUAUGCUCGCAAAGGAGGGUACAGAUGGUGAAGAAGAAGCCAGGAGAGCAUACAAGGCUGCUAGGGAGGAAUCAGACCAUGCUGCAGAGGCAGCUGUGGGAGUAAAGGUCUCUUCAGCUUUGAUUGAUAGGGUUGAUGCUAUGCUUCAAAAGUUAGAAAAGGAGAUUGAUGAUGUUGAUGCUCAAAUUGGCAAUCGUUGGCAGCUGCUGGAUAGGGACCGUGAUGGCAAGGUGACUCCUGAAGAGGUGGCUGCAGCUGCAAAUUAUCUCAAAGACACCAUAGGAGCAGAAGGCGUCCAGGAGCUUAUCAGCAAUCUUUCUAAAGACAAUGAAGGGAAUAUCCUUGUGGAAGACAUUGUGAAGCUGGCGUCACAAACAGAGGAAAACAAUGAACUUGAAGAAACGGCACGAUGA